AUGGGUUCUAACUCAUCGCAAUUAGAAAAGGAAAUUGGGACAGAAUUACCCGCUAAUGAGCACUACUUUGGACUGGUCAAUUUUGGCAAUACUUGUUAUUGCAACUCUGUCUUGCAAGCGUUAUACUUCUGUCGCCCUUUUCGCGAACAAGUGUUGAUGUACAAAUCCAAUAACAAGAAAGAUUCUCUAUUAGCGUGCUUGGCCGACUUGUUCAAAAAUAUCUCAUCUCAAAGGCGUAAAAUUGGUGUUAUAGCUCCUAAGAAAUUUAUAGCAAAGCUACGAAAAGAGAACGAUUUAUUUGACAAUUACAUGCAACAAGAUGCUCACGAAUUUCUAAACUACCUUCUAAAUACCAUUGCUGAUAUAUUACAAGCCGCAACCUGGGUUCAUGAAAUAUUUGAGGGAAUCCUAGUAAAUGAAACGAGAUGUUUGUGCUGUGAAAGCGUGAGUUGUAAGGAUGAAUCAUUUCUUGACUUGUCGGUAGAUGUGGAAGAAAAUACAUCUAUAACUAGUUGUUUGAAGGGUUUCUCUUCAACAGAAACACUUCGUAGUGAUCAAAAGUACUAUUGCGAACAAUGUUGUGGUAAACAAGAAGCAGAAAAACGAAUGAGAGUGAAGAAGUUGCCAAAGACGUUGGCUCUUCAUCUAAAACGCUUCAAAUAUGUUGAGGAUCUUCAUCGUUACACCAAAUUAUCUUAUCGAGUUGUAUUUCCUCUUGAAAUAAAGCUAUUUAAUAUGUCCAACGAUGCCACUAACCCUGAUCAAAUGUACGAUCUAUUUGCUGUUGUCGUACACUGUGGAAGCGGUCCGAAUCGAGGACAUUAUAUUAGCAUUGUAAAAAGUCAUGGAUUUUGGUUACUUUUUGAUGACGAUGCUGUCGAGAAAAUAGAACCUAAUGCAAUGGAAGAUUUCUAUGGAUUAGCUUCGGAAACCUAUAAAUCUUCUGCAGCAGGGUACAUUUUAUUUUAUCAAGCCCGGGAGUAA